AUGAUGUCCUGCAGUCGCCGCCUCACAUCUCUGGCCUCCGCGGCCCCGCGCUUCGCCGCCCGCAGUUACUCCUCGACUGUGCCCCGUCUGCACGAGAACCGCAUGCAACCCAAUGACCCCUCUCCGCCAGCUCCCAAGCCCAAAGUCUCCCCACUCAAUGCCCCGGAGGCACCCAUUGUCGAACUCCACGAGAUGCGGGCCCACGACUUCCGCGAAAACCCCGCCCUCGGCGAGCAAAUCCGCAGCGUCCAGGCCCCGAACCGAGCCACUACCUGGGCCGCUAGCCAGCAGCCCCGCGAGAAGGCCAUGGUUGGACCUCGAUUCGAGCAGACCAUCAUGGAGACUCAGCCCCGGCCCCUUGCUGCCAUUGAGUUGAUUCACAAGCAACCCGUGCGCUGGACCAAGUCCCGAGUUGUCAGCUGUGACGGUGGUGGUGGUCCCCUUGGCCACCCCAAGGUCUUCAUCAACACCGACAAGCCCGAGAUUACGCCUUGCGGAUACUGCGGCCUUCCCUUCGCCCAAGAAAAGCACAAGGCUUACCUCAAGUCUCUGCCUGCUUCCAGCUACCCCCUCGAGCCCACCGGUGAUGCGGCCGAGGUUAACGAGACCCAGCGUGUUCCUGGCGCGACCGGUGGCCUGGAGCAGCGGUAG